AUUACUUGAUAGAAAGAGGGUGAUGCAACUGGUUGAACAAGAGCCAGCCAAUCCACCCAGUGAAACCCAAGAGGAAAUACACGGUUGAUGGUAAGAGUGUGAAAAGUGACUAGGCAGGGAUUUUCCUCCCCUUAUCCACACUGGGUAGCAAAGAGGACCGAACACAGCUUUUGAACUUCCAGCAGAAAAGAGCCUUCAGCUUCCAAGCAGGAAGUGUCUCAAUCCGCACUGACGAGCUUGAGAGGAGGGAGACAAACGCAUCCCGUAAAAGGGUACUCUGUGGUGCUCGGUCAGCCUUCAAAGACAACCAACCGUCCCAAGAAGCCAGAACCGCUUUACUGUGGUGGUUCUUUGUAGAACAAACAAGAGGGGACAGACGGGAGAAGUGAACUGCUGGCUUUGGUACCCGGACUCAAGUGGGUCAGUGCCCCAGGCCCUUCAGCUCCCUUUCCUUCCUCUGCUCCCAUCAACGCUCCGCGGGCACAGUGAAGACCAGUGAGCUGUAAAUUGAAGGGAAGAUAAUUUCUGCUUGUGGUGGAAAAGAAAGGUGAACAACCUCCAUGGAAGACUCUCAGGAUCUAAGUGAACAGUCAGUAAAGAAAACGUGUACAGAAUCAGAUGUGUCAGAGCCUCCGAACACCAGGUCUAUGGAAAUGCAAGAUCUAGCAAGUCCUCAUAAUCUUGUUGGAAGCAGUGAUGCACCAGGUAGUUCCAAACUGGAUAAACCUAAUCUCAGUAGUACAUCAGUUACAACAAAUGGAACAGGAGUGUCUCUUCUUGCAGUCAAAACAGAGCCCAUGAACAGCAACGAAACAACAACAACAACUGGAGAUGGAUCGCUUGACACUUUUACUGGGUCAGUAAUAACAAGUAGCGGUUACAGCCCAAGAUCAGCUCAUCAGUACUCACCACAGAUAUAUCCUUCCAAGCCCUAUCCACACAUUCUUUCUACACCAGCAGCUCAAACAAUGUCUGCCUAUGCCGGACAAACCCAGUAUUCAGGAAUGCAGCAACCAGCGGUCUAUACAGCCUACUCACAGACAGGACAGCCAUACAGCCUACCUACUUACGAUUUGGGUGUAAUGUUGCCAGGCAUCAAGACAGAAAGUGGGCUCUCGCAGACACAGUCACCACUGCAGAGUGGGUGCCUCAGUUACAGUCCAGGUUUUUCCACCCCACAGCCAGGCCAAACACCAUAUUCAUAUCAGAUGCCAGGUUCUAGUUUUACACCAUCAUCCACUAUUUAUGCAAACAAUUCUGUUUCAAAUUCUACAAACUUCAGUAGUUCACAACAGGAUUAUCCAUCAUACACAGCUUUUGGCCAAAACCAGUAUGCACAGUAUUACUCAGCAUCAACAUAUGGUGCAUAUAUGACCUCAAACAACACGGCCGAUGUCACUUCUUCAUCAUCAUCAACCUACCAGUUACAGGAAUCUCUCCCUGGCCUGACUAGUCAACCAGGGGAGUUUGACACAGUACAGAGCCCCUCCACGCCAAUCAAAGAUCUUGAUGAGAGAACAUGUAGGAGUUCUGGGUCAAAGUCUCGGGGUAGAGGGCGGAAGAAUAAUCCAUCACCCCCUCCGGACAGUGACUUGGAGCGUGUAUUUGUUUGGGAUUUGGAUGAAACAAUCAUAGUUUUUCAUUCACUGCUUACAGGAUCCUAUGCACAAAAGUAUGGCAAGGAUCCACCAAUGGCAGUGACUCUUGGACUACGAAUGGAAGAAAUGAUUUUUAAUCUUGCUGAUACACACUUAUUUUUUAAUGAUUUAGAGGAAUGUGAUCAAGUUCACAUAGAUGAUGUUUCUUCUGAUGAUAAUGGACAAGACCUAAGUACCUACAGUUUUGCAACUGAUGGCUUCCAUGCAGCUGCAAGUAGUGCAAACCUUUGUCUGCCAACAGGUGUAAGAGGAGGGGUUGACUGGAUGAGGAAGCUGGCUUUCCGUUACAGAAGAGUAAAAGAGUUGUAUAAUACUUACAAGAACAACAUAGGAGGACUCCUGGGACCUGCUAAAAGAGAUGCAUGGUUGCAAUUAAGAGCAGAGAUUGAAGCUCUGACAGACUCCUGGCUAACAAAUGCACUUAAAUCAUUAUCAAUUAUCAGCACAAGGAGUAACUGUGUAAAUGUGUUGGUAACAACAACCCAGCUUAUCCCAGCACUUGCAAAAGUCUUGCUAUACAGCUUAGGAGGAGCUUUUCCUAUUGAAAAUAUUUACAGUGCAACCAAAAUAGGCAAAGAGAGCUGUUUUGAGCGUAUAGUGUCCAGAUUUGGCACUAACAUAACUUAUGUUGUGAUUGGAGAUGGCCGAGAUGAGGAGCAUGCAGCUAAUCAGCACAACAUGCCUUUCUGGAGGAUAUCCAGUCAUUCGGACCUCUUGGCUCUCCAUCAAGCACUGGAACUAGAGUAUUUGUAACUGUGUUCUAAAGUUGGCGAUCCUUUUUUUAUAUAUAUAUAUUUCAAGUACACUGAAAUUUUAUGUGUGAUUCAAUGCCUCUGGCUUUACACAUAUGAAUUGUCUUAAGAAGGGAAGAAAUAUUUGGAAUUAAAAAUUCCAAAUUGAAGAAUUCAGAUUGCUGAAUGGAGUUAAAACAUUAGUGCUACGUAAGGAAGCUCUAUGGUCUUAUAUAUGCAACGUUUUUAAAUGAAUUAAAACUGUGGAGGUUGCUGGUACACACCAAAUGAGCCCUGAUAGGAGUGAACAAAGGACUCAAACUGGCAAAGCACCAACACGCGUUUUCCAACCGACAAGGUGGUGUUCAACAACAUUCCUCAAAAUGGGAUAUAUUCUCAGCACUGAGGUUUGAACCAGACUUUAACCUACCUAACCCAGAAAAUCUGAAUUGGAAUGCACUCAGACUGUAUAAUGACAAUCCUGUCUAGACCUGUAAUUUGUGUAAAUUAUUGAUGAAAAUAAUUUACUGUGACUUUAUUAGCAGCUGAUUUUGGAAGUGGAUGCAAUUUUUCUUUCUUUUUUGGGGGGGAAGGGGAGGGAGAGGGUUAUAUAAUAUUGUCUCUUUUAUAAGUUUGGCAAACAGAAUGUGCAUAAUGAUGUGUUGUGCCUUAAAGAAAAGACUGUGUUUGUGUGUUAUAAUGUAAUUUUGGUUAAAAACUAUGUAGAUAAACAAAAAAAAAGGGUUUUGUGAUAAUUUUUGACAUGACCAAAUUUGAAAUUCAAAGAAAUCAAAGAGCAGGGCUGCACCAAAGCAUUUAAGUAUUUGUUGCAGUAAGAAAAAAAUAAUAAUAAAGUUUGUGUUUUUAUUUGGAUUCUCAAUAAUUCCACUGAUUGUUUGAGGAAAGUUAAGAGUAUGUUGGGAGGUUGAUAUUGGGGACCGCUACCUUGAAAGCUAAAAAAAAAAAAAAAAAAAAAGAAAGUGUUUAACACCUUCAAUAUCAGUUCUUGAUUCUCCGAUGAGAGAGCUAAGAGCCAUAUUCAUGAAUUACUUAGUCCACUGAAAGCCAUACAGUGAGUACAUCUGCUGUGUAUGAAAGAGCAAAUUCCCACCCAGCAGAAAAAGGUACCUGGAGAUCACUGGUGGCAUUACUGGAGGGUGAAAAUGUGGUAUUAAGCACAGAUGAGGGAUAAAACACGAGUUCUUUAGAAAGAAAAAUAAAAAUCCCAAAGAAUCUCUUACCAGUCAGAUGCAUAAAUUAUUCUACAUUUAGCAUAUUCAGGAUCAACACAGGCUGUUGGAAUUGCUGGCAUGAUGACAUUGACCCUUUCAGGAGCACAGUCUAAUUUGGUAAAUAUAACAGCAUUUUGGUGGCUUUUCCAUUGUGUUCCACAUAAAUUUGUCUUCUGUCUUGGGUCAACAUGAUUUUCUGCACCUAUUUUUGAUUACACAAGAGUAUUACACAGAAGCAACCCUAAGAGUCUUUGAAUCCAGAAAUUUCAAUAGCAUGUCAGAUAUAUGAAGAGAGGAUAAGGAAGGGAUUUUUAAUGAAGAAAUAUUGAGAAAUAUAUUACCUUAAUUUUAUUCAUUUCUAUUAAUAAUUAUGGUCCACAUGGUGAUAAUUACCUUGCAAGUUUUGAACAUGCUGCCUUUCAGCUUUGGAAAAUGAGCAAGGUCUGUAUUUGACGCAAGGUCCCUAGCAUCCUACAUGCAGCUUGAGCACUCUGAAGAAACUACAAGUGGUUCAUCUCUCAUUGCAGAAGGAGGAAACCGCUUUUUGAUGUAUAUCACUGUACAUGUAGAUGCCUAAGGUUUCCUGUGCUACGAGUGUGCAAGAGAUGUUAAAUGCAAACUCCAGAAUGCUUACACAAACACAGUAGUCAGCACUGAGAUGUUCUUCCAUCUAUGUGCUGUGAAGCCUGCAUAUGUCUAGUCAUCAUGUAUUAAAUUUCAUCUUUGUUGAUUGCAUGAAAGUUAUUUGGUAGGUGAAAGCCUAAAGCCACUAAAAGACCAAUGCAAAACUCCUUUAUAACUUCAUAAAAAUGGAAUUUGUUUGCUGCUUUGGAAUUCAAUAUACAAGUCAUCAGACAAUGAACUAAUGAUUUGUUAUCACUGGAAAGUAUGAAACCAUCAGGUGAGACUAGCGACAUAUGAAAUCAUUAUACACCAGUUACUUGGGUGAUAAAUUUGUGCGUCCAACAAGUAAAAAUGACGAAUACCUUCUUUAUAUAUACAGUAUUUGCCCAGUCAAAUUUGGCCUAGAAGUACAUUUUCAUAAAACCUGUGGUACCAGCUUUUCAUAGUCUUUCAGGUGAGAAAAAAUGGGUUUCUAUUGGAAUAGGAAAAAGGUUGAACAAAAAGCCCCUCUCAAGUUCCAGCAUCAGAACAUCACAUGAGAAUCUCAGCAUAAAAGUUUUUGUUUAAAAAAAUAAAAUAAAAUAAAAAGUAAUAAUUGGUAUGGUGAAGUAGCUUAUAUUUGUUUUCUUUUUUCUUUUUUUUUUUUCUUACAAGUGAUAGUGUUAUUUAAAUGCAUGAAGCAAUUUUAUUUCUCAGUUAUUUUUUUUUUCAGCUUUUCAGUGUUCUUUUCCAAAUCAGAAGUAAGAACAAACAAUAACCAGCAACAACCAUUAGUUCUUACAAAAGGUUUGCAGUGGAGUUGUGUUUAACUCUCCAUGGCAGGUAUGGCUCAAUUAAUAUACCGGACUUUCAGAGAGGAGAUGGAGGCAAAAUGAGGGAAGUUUUUCAGAACAAGACAAAGUUCUGAUUUUAAAUUGGAUUCUGUGUCUUAGCGUAGCAGAAGUUAAUUAUAAAAAUGAAAAAUCCACAAAAAUGCACAAGAAAAUCAAAGAUUUAUCUCAAAAACCUUCAUAAUCUUAAAAUUCUAAAGCAAAAUUUCGGAGUACAAAUACUCUCUUCCUAUGCAAAAUUUGUUAUAUAUAUAUCUUUGAAUGAAACUAUGUUUUGCAAGACUGCCUUGUAGAAAGAACUUACUCUGAUAAUAAUAAUAUACUGUGUGAACUAUACAGAGGAGAAAAUAAGCAAGGCAGAGUUGUAGUCGUGUCAGACUGUUCCAGAUGGGCCUGAGUAUAUUAAACUGAAGGCUGGUCAUUUUGACAUUGAGUGCAUUUUAAUUCAACAGCGUAUUCAUCAGAAACUGCCUUCCAUGCAGCCUCUCCUGAAUAACCAAGAUUGAGCACAAUGUCAUGUUUGCAAGUAUUUUGUGCAAAUGAAGUAUAGGAUAUAAUGCCUUUUGCUGAUUAGCAGUUUUCAGUCAGUACAGAACUUGAACGUUCAUUAGGCAUUUGAACAGUCAGCUUGCAGAAUACAAACACACUGGGAUCUCAGUCACAAAGUAUUAACGUAAUAGAUAUAUAACUCCAUGCAGCUCAGUAUAUCAGUAAAAGAGGAAGCAAAAGCUAAAAAUGAUUUUUCUUUUUAGAUGCCUAUGGAGAUAGUGAACAAAGGUAUAGGUGGCAGCUAGCUCCCAGAACUGAUUUCACUAGAAGCAGCAGUGUUUACAUCCACAGUAGAUGCAGAGUAUAUUCCAGUGUAAGCACUAACAAGAGAGAUGCCAACCCAAAAUCCUGUAUACAAGCACAGAUAAUAUCAGAGCAGAUGAAGUCCCACGGCCAAUCAGAACUGCAGAUUUUAUGGGAAACAUGGAGUUGGCACACAACAGCAAGUCUAGAGUUUAGCUCUGAGGGUGUAUCCAGAUCCAGGGUUUUGGUUCAAAAGUCAUCUCUACUUUACAAGAGUGAUACCAUGCAUAUACUUUAAAUGAAAGUGGUAUUUAGUAUCUCUGAAGAGGAGCUGAAGUGACAUGAGCCAAAUCCCAGCAAAAGCAGCAUUUUUGAGAUAUAAUUGAAGCCAAGGGUCUCUGUCAUGUAUUAGAUUAUAGUUUAUUAGGGCCUACAUAAUUUAAGAAAAUGUAAAUUAAAAUUAAAAGCUUGUAAAAUUAUGUACAUCUUUACUAUUUCUCAAUAAAUACACUUGGAAAUGUCAUUUUCUGCACUAUAUUAUGUUGCAAGAUGUUUGGUUUGUGGUUGAAAUCCUCAGUACAGGGAUCUGAGUUUGACUUUGAACUCUUCUUAAGUAUAUCCAUGAUAUCUCAGUGAUCCAUGUCAGGAACAACCCUGUGACCUUGUGGUCUGGUAAAGACUGGCUUCUCUGUGUGCAGUUUGCAAGGUGCAGCCUUUGUGGGGAACGGAAGUUUCCUUACCAAAACGAGUAGAUGUUUUGUUCCAGAUUGCAGCCUGAGAGACAAUGCGUUUUUUUGUGAUGGCCAAAAUACAGAACCAAUUUGAAAGCCUAGACACAUAACACAUUAAUUUAAAUUCACUUACCAAUUCACUUACUAGUGCUAUGCUAAUAUCCUUCUUAUGGACAAUUACUUCCAAAGCAUGGGCUGUUUGGGAGACAGAUUGAGCUAUUGAGGAGCAAGUGGCCGUUCCAGUCAAAGCUGAGCCUCGUGAAAUUUUGUAUGUGUCUUUGAGAGUGGUGCUUCAUGUCAGGUGCUGGCCUUGGUUUGCAGGAUGCAGUGCCUCUGCAGUCUGCUUGCACAGGCUUUAAGGCAGUCACUUCAAAAGCAGGGCUGCAAGAUUAUCAGCACACAUAGAUGUGACGUUACAGUCUUGGAAACAACAUCGCAAGUGGCAGAUCCUCAGUAACCACAGUGCUUCAACCACAAGAGGCAGAUCAUAAACAGAUUUUUCCCAGGAGUUAGAUUAAAGCAUUUCUGUUACACAGACAACUGUUUUCUGUGUAAAGAUUCCCAAGUGAUAACAAAGACACUGCUUUCUCUGAUAAACUGUUCCUUUGUUUAAUUUUAAUGUCUAUGCUCUCCCAGUGUCCAUCAGUAGACAGGGUAAAAUUUAUGUGUUAUUUGCAACAUUAUAUAGAUGACUGUGGCUAUCUGGAUAUUGCACAAUACUGAAAAUGCUUAUUGACAAAUAAAAACCUUAUAAAAUUG